AUGAAAGGAAGAAAUCAAACUCUCCUCUCAGAAUUCCUCCUCCUGGGUCUCCCCAUACAGCCAGAGUAUGAACAUCUGUUCUAUGCUCUGUUCCUUGCCAUGUACAUUACCACCAUCCUGGGGAACAUGCUGAUCAUUGUGCUCAUACAACUGGAUCCUAAUCUUCACACACCUAUGUAUUCUUUACUCAGCAACUUGUCCUUCUCUGACCUCUACUUUUCUUCUGUUACAAUGCCCAAGUUGGUGAAGAACAUGCAGAGUCAAGUCCCAUCCAUCCCUUAUGCAGGCUGCCUGACCCAAAUGUACUUCUUCUUGUUGUUUGGAGACUUGGAGAGCUUUCUGCUUGUGGCCAUGGCCUAUGACCGCUAUGUAGCCAUCUGCUUCCCCCUGCACUACACCAGCAUCAUGAGCCCCAAACUCUGUGUGUGCCUGGUGGUGCUCUCCUGGGUGCUGACCAUGUUCCAUGCCUUGUUGCACACCCUGCUGAUGGCCGAUUGUCUUUUUUUUCAAAACAGUGUGAUCCCCCACUUCUUCUGUGAUAUGUCUGCACUGCUAAAGUUGGCCUGCUCUGACACUAGUAUAAAUGAAUUGGUGAUAUUUGUCACAGGAGGUAUAAUUCUUGUCAUUCCAUUUCUACUCAUUAUUGUUUCCUAUGCACGAAUUGUGUCCUCUAUUUUUAAGGGCCCUUCUGCUCAAAGUAUUCAUAAGACCUUCUCCACUUGUGGUUCCCACCUCUCUGUGGUGUCACUGUUCUAUGGUACAGUCAUUGGCCUCUACUUAUGCCCAUCAGCUAAUAAUUCCACAGUAAAGGAGACAGUCAUGGCUAUGAUGUACACUGUAGUGACUCCCAUGCUCAACCCUUUUAUCUAUAGCUUGAGGAACAGAGAGUUGAAAGGUGCCUUAGGAAGAGUCCUGUGUAAGAAAAAAAUUUCCUUCUGA